UUGUACACCAUCUUUGCCCGAUUUUCAUGAGAAAGUGCCAUCGAAACGGAGUUAUCUCGCGCGUAAUAAUUAAUUUUCUUUAUUCGUAAACAACGUAUAUUUUCACCGUAUGAUAUUUUCGUAUAUCGUAUCGUGUAACACGCUCGUAACGCGUGCAAAUACUUGAUUUUUCUAUCAUUUUUUUCUUUCUUUCAACUCCUCCGUAUUCCCCUUCUUUGCAUCGUAUCCACCCCCUCUGUGCUCUCUCUCUCUCUCUCUCUCUCUCUACAAUUACUCUCUUGUCCCACCCUCGUCCUUCAUUCUUUCGGGCUCUCUGCGCGUUACGGUGUGAACAUACUUGAGAGAUCGCGCGACAAGGCGGUAAUCGGUUGUGCAAUCGUGAAUCGCACAAAUGAAUUGUGUCGACAUCGCAUUGAACCAUGUCUAAUUUAUACGUGAAAAGGAAAAUAUACGUUGAUUUGGGAAGGAUACGAUAAUAAAGAGGAACAUCGACUUACGGUCCAGGAGGUGGUUUGACGUAGGAUCGUUUUUUUUUCGUUUUUAUCUCUUGGUUAGUCGUUCGGUCCUUCGGGCGAUCGGUCGAUCGGGUAUUCAUACGCGCGUACGUCGAAGACGAUUUUAUUUUUCAAUUAAUUCAAUUAUUGAGAGAAACUUUGGUUGCUAAAAUGUUUACGAUCAAGAGAACUGCAUGUUGGAGAUAGAGAUUUAAAAUUCGAUUGGACAAUGCUUGGCGUAAGAAUACGUUUAAGUAUUUAUGAGAGGAAAACGUUGAAAACGUGCGUAAUGAAAUGAAAGGGAUUUUUGACGUUCAACGACCAUUCUAUUAGCGUAGUUUCGACCGUCAGGUGUAAAGAAAUAAUGUUAAAAGAAGAAGAUGAAAGAAGGUGAAGAUACAUAUGUACAAACUUCUACGUACUAGCGUAUACAAGCGUUACAAAGUUGUGUAUCAAAUAACGGAUAAACAAGAUUCCAUCGAAACGGUAAAUUUACGCACGUAACGCUCGCGUGUUCCGGCCGAUCGAUCGCUACUACGAGGGAGCGAUUCGUUCGUUCGUUUCAUCAUUUACUCGUAUUCGGGUGUUGGUCGAUAGCAUCGAAAUAAUGUUUCUAUCCGUCAAAAAAUUUGUACACUAUGGAGUGUUGUUACUGUUAUGGAUCAAAUCAAGUUAUCAGCAAGAAGAGGAUAUACCUCAUAACGAAGUGAAAAACUGGGCAUUGAAAUUUGGAGUGGAUUUAUGGGAAUUUGGCAGACAAGUUACGAAAAUGAGUGAAAUACAAAGGAAAUAUCACGAUAUGGAGGCCGAAGUUGUAAAAAAAGAUGGUGUCCUGUUAGUACGAGAAAUGGCUGCGGAAGUGAAAAACAUGUUAGAUUUUAAAAUGAACGCUGUUAUGAGAUUGGUGGAGAGCGCCGAACAAGCGGCUGUAUCGGCACCCAGAGACGGAAAUGUAGCACCAAAGUAUUACGCUUCUCAACGUUUCGACUCUUCUUCGGGAGAAGGAAAAGCAUCGAUAACCGUACAAGAAACAUUCCUUUCAUCGAAUCGACAUUUCGAUCAUUUAGCCGUAAACGUUACACUUUCCACGGUUUUAUUACCGGAUGGAGUGAAACAAAUUGAUCGCGAAGUAGCCGCUGGCAUUCAAUGGAGCGAAUAUUUGGACUUAUUGUUCGUUAAUAAUUACGAAAGCGAUUCUUCGCUUUCUUGGCAAUAUUACGGCGCGACUUCAGGAUUUUUAAGACGUUUUCCCGCAAUUUCCUGGCCACCCGUCAACGAUCGUUCUUUCGCUGCGGAUAAAAGUCGAGCUGUUCGAGAUGUAUACGAGUUUCGAAUUUCCGAUUGGUUCGUCGGAGCCGCAAAUAGUCCCAAAGACUUGGCCAUAUUGAUCGAUAUCGAGUGCUACGUAUCCGAAAGGAACAAACGGCUAGCCGUAACCACGGUCAAAACUAUCCUCGACACGUUAGGUCCGAACGAUUACGUUAACGUCUACCGUUACGGAGACACCGCAGAGGAGAUCGUACAAUGCUUCAAGGAUAGUUUGGUGCAAGCAUCGCCGGAAAACGUGCAUGAUUUGAAAAUAGCGAUGAGUUCUAUGAAACACGAAGAAAUACCGACAAAUAUAUCCGCCGCUCUCGCGACUGCUUUCGAAAUUUUGCACAGAUACAACAGAACGGGGCAAGGAAGCCAGUGCAACCAGGCGAUCAUGUUAAUUACUGCCGACAAUGCCGGUUUACCAACAGAGGUGAUAAAACGAUACAACUGGCCUCAUAUGCCUGUUCGUAUCUUCACGUAUCUAAUCGGUGGUGACAAAAGUCCGGAAUUACGCAACACAGCAUGCGCCAACAAAGGAUUCUAUGCAAGGAUCACCGAAUUGGAAGACAUUAGAAGCAAAGUCUUCGAAUACGUAAAGGUGCUUGCUCGACCUAUGGUAUUGUAUCAACACGAACACCCUAUUCAUUGGAGUCCGGUUUACGUCGGUGGAAAGAGCAGCAGAUAUGGCAAAGAGAAUAUCGGACAGUUAAUGACUUCGGUCACGGCGCCUAUUUUAGAUCGACGAAAUUAUACGGUGAAGACAGCUAAUUUAUUGGGUAUCGUCGGCACCGAUGUACCCGUAGAAGAGAUACAGAAAUUGGUUCCCCCUUACAAGUUAGGUGUCAACGGAUAUUCUUUUAUCGUCGACAAUAACGGCCGUGUUUUGUAUCAUCCGGAUUUGCGACCAUUGCCGGGAAACAUAGACUACGAGGAAACGUUAAAACCUACGUACAUCAGCGUUGACUUAUCGGAAGUCGAACUCGCCGAAUAUGACGGCCCUUUACAUCCAUUAAACAAUUCUCUUCUUCUCGACUUGAGGCGCGAUAUGAUCGAUCAAAAAGAAGGAGAGACUAAUUUUGCGAUCAAAAUUCACUACGAUAACAUGAAACGUGUCACCAUCAGACGUCACAAUUAUUUUUACAAAUCGAUAGAAGGAACGCCAUUUUCAUUGGGAUUAGCGUUGCCCGAAGGUUACGGUAUGUUUGAAUUGUUGGCCGAACAAGAAAUCAAGCAUGCGAUAAUAAAUGUAACCGAGUAUUUUAAGGGGAACAAUUGGAAGGUACAUCCCGACUGGGUGUAUUGCGAAUAUAGUUCGGCUUCCGAAAAAUGGUUUCCAUCCCCGGAAGAACGCGUUCUACAUUUCUUGACGCGAACGCGGAGCCCGGGAUGGAAAUGGAUGUCCUUGAGGCCAAGGAGUCCAAGCUCGCAUCACAAACAAGCGAGCAAACCCGACAAAGAUGCUUAUUACUGUGAUAAGAAAUUAGUGCAAUCCCUAGUGUUGGACGCGUUGGUCACCGAUGGUUUCAACAAAAGAGGUGCGAUGCACAAAGAAGAAAAUCAAAACCCUAUUGCCAUACUGAUGGCUCUACUGCACAGCCAAGGAACGAGUACAUUUGGCGUAACACGGAGUUUCAUCGCAACUAGAAGCGGCUUAUUUCGUUGGCACGAGCAUCAACAAACCGAAGAUAACACCGAUGAAUCACCAUUUGCCGAGAAAUAUGCAAGAGCUAUGGAUUCCUCGUGGUAUAAACGCGCUGUGGAUCAACACUCCAUAGAACCGGAUAGUUUCGUUUUCAGCGUACCUUUUAACGCCGCGGACAGCCCCAACCCAUUAGUAACCGCUACUCACGCGGUUUUUAUCGGGACAGGACACAAAGCACCAGCAGCUGUCGUAGGUUUACAGUUUCAACAUUCUUCACUUGCCUCUCGUUUCGUCAACAUUACUUCGACGUGUAGUGGUACGAAUUGCAAGAAAAAUUGCGCCUCCGACGCGUUAGACUGUUAUAUCUUGGACAAUAACGGAUUUAUCAUAAUCAGCGAACGUCACGAGCAUACCGGAAAAUUUUUCGGCGAGAUCGACGGCACUAUAAUGGAUUCCCUAGUUCAGGACAGAAUUUAUAGAAAAGUAACAGUGACCGAUUAUCAAGGUAUAUGUAGUCCACAAGAAUCUUAUCAAUCAUCCGCAUCGACUUUCUCGGAAUCUGUCGCGAAAACGAUCGCGAUAUUGGGAAAUUUUCUUUGGAGCAUGGCGUUUGGCUUUAAUUUUCAAAAUUUAUGGCAAGUCGCAUUCGCAUUCGCCGGUGAAUCCGUGAGACCCCUGGAUGAUUCGAUCGGACAAGUUCACGAAUUCGAGUCAUUGGCGAUAGACGGAGGAGGAGAAGCGACGGACGAACCAAUACCGGAUGGAAAUUUUCCAAGGCUUCUGACUAUUACCGCUGCAACCCCUGUGUCUCCUGGUACAACACGAGCUACAUCCACGCAUCAUUUACGAACAAGGCUAAGAUCAUGCGAGAAAAAAACGGAUCUUUAUAUUUUACAACCCGAAAGAUUGAAUACCAGCGGACAAAGCAAUCCGUUGAAAGGGAAAUUAACCAAUUGUCACGAUACCGGUUGCGAAAGGCCAUUCAGCGUACAAAAGAUUCCCCAUACGAACUUGAUUUUGCUGGUAGUAGACACGUUGUGUCCAUGCGGAAGUAAACAAUUGAGCAUCGAGCCCAUAGAGGCACUGACAGAACCAGGUGCUUGUAUCGCGAGAAGAGAACGUUUGUAUCGUCGCAGGCCUCCCAAAUGUAUAAAUUAUCAUCCAGAAGAGAUGGAGAUCAAAUUUUGCGGUAGCGCGAAUCGUCCCUGUCAUUUCUUCUUCUUAUUCAUCGUCGCAAUUGUUUCGAGCACUCUCGCGUGACUUUGUUCCAAUUGACGACUCUAUUAUACAUAUACACGCACACACAUUUAACGUACGGACGGAUAGAUAGACGAACAGACAGACGGACAGACGGACAGAGAGAGGGACAGAUAAAUAUUGAAUACAGAUAUCCACGAAUUAACGUUUUUGAAAAUGAAUUUAGCGUUGCCGUUUCUAUGAAACAGUUAUGAAAAUGAUAUACUAGUUUAUCGGUUUAAUACCUAUAUAAUUGAGUAAUACGUGCAUAACAAUGAACGAGCGAGUGCACGUGUAUAUACACUCGUAUAUUCGUACGUGUAUGCGUGCGUACGUAUGUACGUAUAUACGUACGCAUAUAUAUACGCGCGCGUGCACACACAUACACACACAUACACAUAUAAAUAUACAUACAUAUAUACAUACUUGCAUAUUUGGAAGAAGGUUUACGCGUGUAAAUUACGGUCAUACAUACGAUAUAAUACGUGUUCGUACGACAUUAAUUCACACGUGCACAUUCGUGUACAUACACGUGCACUCUACGUGUACGUAACAAUCACGCAUGCACACGCAUACGUCUCGACAGGCAUGCGUGUGUAUGCGCAAAGAAGAGACGUGUACAUAUUCAAAUACAUAAUAUUAAUGUUGAUCUAUGAUUACAUAUCCCAUUAUAAAUUUUGUUGCAAAGAGAUUGUGAAUAUUUCCUAAUCGUAUCUAAGUCAGUAACAUAUGGAAGAAAAAAAAAAA